GCGAAUCAACCCUUCGCCGAUAAGAGUCGCGCCGUGUCCCCGAUCCUUGCUGGGGUUUCCUCGACGAAUCGUGGCCCGAAAUUGGCACCGGUGAAAUUGCCAGGGAAGUGCGACGUCUCGUUCGGAUCGGCCUCUGGUUCCGUUCCGCGCGCCGCUUCCUGCGGGAACACCCCAGUAGGGGACAUCAUCACAGGGGUGGCAGACUGCAGGGGACGUAGGAGCAUCGGUAGACGGAGGGACACGAGGUUGCCGGAUUGGUGGAUCGAGAACCCGAUGAUCGUUCGGGGAUCCGAGUGGUCGUCGCAGAUCGACGCGCGUUGUCGACUUUGAUGGAUAUUCGAGGGAACUCGCGGCGGACGUGGCUGCUGGACUGAUAAGCUGGCUGUGCUGCCGUGAUAAGGAAUUCGGGGCUGGUCACGAGGGGGGUAAAAGUGCGCCAGCUGGUCGACUGGACAAAGAAGAUCGGCACGGUAGAAUGUGCAGCUGAUCGGAAUGACGAGGCACUCUCUGGUGAUCCUAUGCUGCUACCUGUACACGCUCUUUGACAUGGCAGCCCUACACUUUCCCGAGGAAAUAUGCGAACCGGUACUUUCCACGGAGGUCGAAGGCUGGCAUAUUAAAGUCGAUAGCCUAUCGUCCAGUACGUUUCGACUUUCGGCGAGAAAGCGCGGGUACCGGUUCUUUCCGAAGAUCGAAAGGGAGUCGGACCUCGAGGAGUACGGCAGAAAGGAGACCUCUUUGUCGCUCAGGGACAUCCUCCCUUUGAACCCGAAGCAAUACGACAAGCACAGGGCGCCGAAGUUCCUGGGCCAGCCUACCAUCGUCUACUUCCACGUGACGGUGCUCAGCCUCGACUCCAUAAACGAGGAAUCUAUGACGUACGUUGCGGACAUAUUUCUGGCGCAAAGCUGGCGAGACUCGAGACUGCGACUUCCGGAGAACAUGUCCGAGGAGUACAGAAUAUUGGACGUAGACUGGCUGCACAAUAUCUGGAGGCCUGAUUGCUUUUUCAAGAACGCGAAAAAGGUCACCUUCCACGAGAUGUCGAUACCCAAUCAUUAUUUAUGGCUGUAUCACGACAAGACUCUGCUUUACAUGUCGAAAUUAACUCUCGUCCUCUCCUGCGCGAUGAAGUUCGAGUCCUACCCUCACGACACGCAAAUUUGCUCAAUGAUGAUCGAAAGUCUGUCGCACACCACCCAGGACCUGGUGUUCAUCUGGAACAUGACCGAUCCUCUGGUGGUGAAUCCAGAGAUCGAGCUACCCCAGCUGGACAUCUCGAACAAUUACACGACCGACUGCACGAUCGAGUACUCGACCGGUAACUUCACGUGCAUACAGAUCGUGUUCAAUCUACGACGUCGUCUGGGAUAUCACCUGUUCCACACGUACAUACCGUCCGCGUUGAUCGUGGUGAUGUCCUGGAUCGCGUUCUGGAUCAAACCCGAGGCGAUCCCUGCCCGGGUCACCCUGGGAGUGACGUCAUUGCUGACCCUCGCCACUCAGAACACGCAGUCCCAGCAAUCACUGCCGCCAGUGUCUUACGUGAAGGCCAUCGACGUGUGGAUGUCCUCCUGCAGCGUGUUCGUCUUCCUCUCGCUCAUGGAGUUCGCCGUCGUGAAUAACUACAUGGGCCCUGUCGCCACCAAGGCUAUGAAGGGCUACUCGGACGAGGACCUCAGGGAGGCCAUCGACGAAUUCAAAACGCCUAUGAGGAACGAAUCCGAGAGGAGCAGAAGUCCAGUGAGACCAGUGACCGUGCAGUACGACACCUGCUGCCAGGGUCGGGCGACCGCCAUCUACAUCGACAAGGUGUCCAGAUUCUUCUUUCCGUUCUCCUUCCUCAUCCUGAACGUCGUCUACUGGAGCACCUUCCUGUAGGAAGCUCGUCCUCCCGCGAACGGACGAAGACGGAAACGAAGAUCGCUGGAUCGUCGACGGUCUCCAAACAACUCUCGUUCGAUCCUCGUUAACCGUUUCGGCGUAUCGAUCGCUGUCAACUUUGUCUAUGCAGAACCCCAUCGAUCGGUGGCAUUGAAUUUUAUCUGGAUCGUUUACGAUACGAUACGCCGAGCAGUUAACGAAGGAUCGAACGGAGCAGACGAUUUUUCUACGACAGGAAGUCUGCUAGAAGAAUUUUCAGUGCCUUUUAUAAUAUAAUUUAGAGAAGACGCGCCGUCGAGGACGGUCGAUUAAUUAUAAGAGCAUCGUAGCAAUUAAGUCGCAUUAAGGUUCCUCCGAGGAGUAUAUCGAAUCGAACGACUGUGUACUCACCCGUUCAGGCGAUCCCUCCGACGCGGAUCCGCCCUUGUAUCAUUGUUGCAGAAUCUCCGUCGAUCAUCGCGAUUUACCAUUUAAUUUAAUUUAGCGAUCCUUUCCGUUUACUUGCGCCUGUCCCAUCGAGUUCUGUGUCGAUAGAUAGACUCGAUGACACCCGACUCGACGGACCAGCGAUACGUUACCGUGUUCAGCCCAGCGUCUCGUCCCGGACCGACCCGGCGAGCGUCGUUGAAAAGGGAUAAAACGUUCGGGAUCAUCGGAAUCUUCUUAUCCGAAAGCUCUGCUUUUAUACGGCGGGACGAUCGAAAAUUGAUAAGAUACGACGGCCGUAUAACUUUAUAGACAUUCGACGCGCAAUCCCGUGGAAUUUUACGAAGGAUAUUAAAAGGAGCGAGGCUGGGCUGGUCGCGCGAACGUUCGCUCGUGAUUACGUCGUUGGCAGAACGGUUUAGCCGUCGUGUGCGAUCGCAGAAUGUAAGGAC